AUGGAUUUUGGACGGUACGAUGAUGGGAGCAAGUGUUUAAAAGAUUCAGGAAAUGUAUAUUUCCCUGCUGUGACAAGACAAACAUCUAUGGAAUUUUGUCAUAAUAAUAUGUCAUUAUUUACAUAUUCGUUAACUGAUCAACAUGUUUAUCAUGGUAAUAAAUGUGUAACAAUAGGUUCCUUGAAAUUUGGUUUCGAUACUCAUACAAUGUAUACAAUAUCAUGUGAUGAUCAACGAGAAAAUAUUGCCACAUUUAUCUAUAAUGAAAAUGAAAAGAAAUUAAAAUGGAUUGGUCCAGAUAAACGUGAAUGGUGUUUAUUUGAUGUUGGACAACAGUUGAUAGCUGGUAUUACCUGCGGUGGACGUUAUACUGCUGAACCGACGUUUUAUCCAUUAGCUGAUCAAUAA